UUACCCUCCGCCUAAUUUGUGGCUGCGCAAGAAGCUCAGCAAGAGCGCACACAGAGAGAGAGAGAGAGAGCAACAAUGGCGGAAGAGAAGGUGAUGAACAAGCAAGUGUUGUUCAAGGACUACGUCACUGGUUUUCCCAAGGAGGAGGACAUGGUUCUCACUUCAUCCACCAUCGAUCUGAAGCUCCCUCAAGGAUCCACGGCCGUGCUAGUCAAGAAUCUAUACCUCUCCUGCGAUCCCUAUAUGCGCCCUCGCAUGUCCAGGCCCCUUACUCAGAGCUACACCGACGCCCUUGUUCCCGGGAAGGUCCUUGUUGGUUAUGGUGUGUCGAAAGUUGUGGAUUCUGGUCAUCCGGAUUUCAAGGCAGGGGAACUGGUUUGGGGAAUAACUGGAUGGGAAGAGUAUAGUCUCAUCACAAUGCCUCAACAACUAAACAAGAUCAAAUAUACUGACGUACCACUUUCAUAUUACACAGGAAUUUUAGGGAUGCCAGGACUUACUGCUUAUGUUGGAUUUUAUGACAUCUGCUCUCCUAAAAAAGGUGAAACUGUUUAUGUGUCGGCUGCAUCAGGAGCAGUUGGCCAGCUUGUUGGUCAGUUUGCAAAGUUGGCCGGCUGCUAUGUUGUAGGGAGUGCAGGUAGCCAAGAAAAGAUUGAUCUCCUAAAGAACAAGUUUGGAUUUGAUGAUGCAUUUAACUAUAAAGAGGAGCAAGAUCUCACCGCGGCCUUGAAACGAUGCUUCCCCACCGGAAUAGAUAUCUACUUUGAAAAUGUUGGGGGUGCAAUGCUUGACGCUGUGCUGCUGAACAUGAGAGAACAAGGCCGGAUUGCUGUUUGCGGGAUGAUAUCACAAUACAAUAUAAACCCAAAGGAUCCUGUCCACAAUCUGUUCUGCUUAAUCUCAAAGCGCAUCCUUAUGCAAGGGUUCAUCGAACCCGAUCACAAGCACAAAUACCCUCAGUUCCAUGAGCAGGUCAUCCAGUACAUCAGAGAAGGUAAGGUGACAUAUGUCGAAGAUGUAGCUGAAGGUCUGGAGAAUGCUCCUUCGGCCCUCAUCGGUCUCUUCAGUGGUAAAAACAUCGGCAAACAAGUCGUGCUCCUUGCUCAUGAAUGAUAAUGAUGGUUCAUGGAAUUCUUACUUAUAAUGUCUUUGCCAACGUCUCACAUUCCAUCUUGAGGUUUGUAAAAUUCAAUAAGUGAGAUAUGAUUUUGUUUGUAUCCAGACCCAAACCGCAUGGGUAUGUGUGUGUGUGUGUGUGUGUGUAUGCAUAUUGUUUGAACCUAACAAAUCUCAAUUGCAACGUUGUAUUGCAACGUUGUGUCUGUGAGGAGAACGGCAAGGCUUUAAGGAGAAUGGAAGUCUACAAUUGAAGAGAA